GAUUCCCCAGGCCUGGAUACUCAUGACGCCACCUCAGUUCUCAUUCCUAUUGGGUACCCGAACUGUAAAGCAGCCAAUCAGCGUCCAUGGUUUCAGGUACAUUAUUCUCCCCAGUAAAAAGUCGUCAGUCUUCCAGACCCAUGUGGGUCAUGGGGCCGAGACCCCUGCUCCUGCUGCUGUCGGGGGCCCUGGCCCUGACUGAGACCUGGGCGGGCCCCCACAGCCUAAGAUACUUCCACACCUCCGUGCAUGGACCCGGCCGCGGACAGCACCAGUACACCGUCGUCGUCUACGUGGACAACACCGAGAUCGUGCGGUUCGACAGCGACGCCGCGAGUGCCAGGCUGGAGCCGCGGGUGCCGUGGGUGGAGCAGCCGUGGGUGGAGCAGGAAGAUCCAGAUUUUUGGAAGGAACAGACGCGGGAAAUCCAGCACAACGAACAGCGGAGCAGAGCGAACCUGAACAAGCUGUGCGUCCACUACAACCAGAGCGAGGACGUGUCGCCCACAUGGCAGGAAAUGACCGGCUGUGUCAUGGGAUCGGACUGGCGCUUCCUGCGCGGGUUCAGUAAGUUCGCAUAUGACGGCGCCGACUUCGUCGCCCUAAACCAGGACCUGCGCUCCUGGACCGCUGCCGCGGGGGUCAGCAGCCGCGACGUUGUGCGGGUCCCUGACCCGGACGUUCGGAGGGUCUUCCUGGAGGACACGUGCUUGCGCCGGCUCCACCUGUUCCUGGAGAAGGGGAAGGGGACCCUGCUCCGAGCAGACCCUCCAAAGACACACCUGACCCACCACCCCAUCUCUGACCAUGAGGUCACCCUGAGGUGCUGGGCCCUGGGCUUCUACCCUGCUGACAUCACCCUGACCUGGCAGUGUGAUGAGAAGAACCUGACCCAGGACAUGGAGCUAGUGGACACCAGGCCUGCGGGGGAUGGAACCUUCCAGAUGUGGGCAGCUGUGGCUGUGCCCCUUGGAGAGGAGCAGAGAUACACAUGCCAUGUGCAGCACCAGGGGCUGCCUGAGCCCCUGACCCUGAGAUGGGAGCCCCCUCCUCAGACCACCAUCACCAUCACCACCAUCACCAUUGUGGGCAUUGCUGCUGCCCUAGGUCUCCUUGGAGCUGCAGCCGCUGGAGCUGUGCUGUGGAAGAGGAAGCGCUCAGGCAGAGGCAGGAAGAGCUGCACUCAGGCUGCCUGCAGCGACAGUGCCCAGGGCUCUGAUGUGUCUCUCACAGCUCCUAAGGGUGAGACCCUGAGGCAGGAAGUGGGGGUAUUUGGACCGAGGGACACAGCUGGGUUUUGGGGAUUCUCAGAGUGGGACAUUUUGAGCAUGAGGUGGCUGUGGGAGAAUGUGACCACUUCAGAGACUGACCUGAAUUUUUUCAUGACAACUUUCUUUCCCAGCAUGAUACAGCUGCCUUGUCUGGAACUUGGUACUAAAAUAGUCAUUGCAGCCUCCCCUUGGGAUUUUAAGGAUCCCUGAGUACUGUUUCCGCUACCAGCAUUGGAAUUUGUCUUCAUCCUUAUCAGUUUCAUUGGAGGAGCUGGUCACCAGGCCACCAUCCCCACAGAGACCUGUGUCCUCUCCCCUGGGGACUGUCCUGUGCUAGCAGUGUUGGAGUAAGGCCAUGUCCAUCCUGGUCAUUCCUCAGCUGGGUCAUCUGUGUUGCUCCUUUGUCCUUGCUGCUUCCCGAGAACCUUGUCCCUUUAGGACCUGCAGUCACAGGCACUUGAGGGUCACCUGGGCCUCGUCAUGGCUCCAGGACUGUGCUCAGUGAGGGCUUCAUGUGGCCGCAUCAGCCUGGGUCCAGGCCUGGGUCUGUCCU